CCGGCCGCGACAGUAUCCAAACAAGCUGAGCUGAGAUUCAACUCGCUUCACAUUUCAUGCGUGGUCUUUGUGUGAACCCCAAGGUAAGCAUCAUGAUAUACCAUUGCUGAUAUCCUGCGGGAUCUCAUGGGAGAGUUGAUGGCCGUCAUUUUGAUGGUUGGCCACGCAUGCAUAACUCCGGAUAACACUGUCUCUCAGGGUGACAACCAUUUCCAAAGAAGUGGCCCCCUGGUCAAUGUCUGCCCAGGUUCGCUUCCACUUCCCCGCUCAACAUGCCCAGUCUUUACUGCAGCAAAUGGGGGCCAUCCAGCCAAUCGAAAGUAUGAACGGCAUACAAGCAGGCCCGUUGCUCGAGUUGUUCGAGAUGUUGGGCGCUUCGAGAUGGAUUCUAGGGGAUUUGUGCCUUUCUAACCCAUAAUGGUUAUUCUGGAUUACCGUAGAAUGUACUCACUUGAAGUUACCAGCCGAGUACUGCGUUCGCUUCGACCUUGACCACUGACUUUUGCCUCGGGCGAUCUGAUCCAGCCAUGAAUUAUGUUUUGUUCUUUUUGCGAGGAACUAUCGAUCGAGCGCCUCGUCGAGCUGACAGCGGUUGAAUACAGGGGAGGCAGAUUCCCAGACGAUGCGUUCUAUCAGCAUCAUGCCACGAUCGAAGACCUAGUCGACUCGGCCGACGGUGGAUGCGAAUUCUGCCAGUUCAUAGUUGCCUGCGCAGAGGCUACGCCAUGUACAAGAAACCUGGACGAAGAUCUCUCUUUCUUGGAGUUUUGCCAAGAGUGUGAGAUGCGUAGCACCGAUGUCAAGAUAGCUAUACAUGCUCACCAUACAGACAAAGAUCAGACCAUUGGGGAGGUCAAGUUGCUUGACACGGUUCAAAUAUGGUUAGGGCCGAACCCUCCAUACGACUAUCAAGAGAUGGAAGAAUACUGCCAUCUGGAAUGGCCGUUGAAUCUGAACAUCAGAGUUCCACGGGAGCGGCCGCUGAUAGUAGGCAAUCAUCGUAUCGGGAGAAACCAGCUUGACCCUGAUCUCGGGUCAGAUGCAAACUUCGCCGUGGCACGAUCUUGGUUUGAUGCCUGCUGCAACGAACAUAAUGGAUGUCCGCCUAGGACUAUGAACGAGUUACCGACACGGCUAGUCGAUGUCGGGGAGGCCCCUGACUGGAAUGUGCGCCUCGCAGAAACCCAAGGGGGCCGGGGUGAAUAUGUCGCCUUGAGCCAUUGCUGGGGAAUGGGCUCUAUGAAACUGACCCUCCGUCAGGAUAAUCUCAAACCAUUUUUGGAGACUAUACCGGUGGCGGAACUUCCUGCAAACUUCCGAGAUGCCAUAACAAUAACUAGAAAGCUUGGCAUGAGAUAUAUCUGGAUCGAUUCGCUGUGUAUCAUCCAGGGCGAUCACAGAGACUGGGGGAUUGAGUCUGGCAGAAUGACGGAGCUCUAUCUCAACGCCGCCUUCACCAUAUGCGCGGCAGCGUCCGAAGGGAGUGAUUGCGGUAUUCUCCAUCAGCCUCAAUCUACCCACAGACGUGUUCCCAAAAGCUUCCAAGCUACGCCCCGAGGGCAGAUGCGUGUGUUUUCGGAUUCCAACUCAAACGCAGAAACCGUUGCGCUUAGUCUCCAUAAGCCACCGAUGAUUGGCGAAGACCAAGACUAUGCUUGGGGAGGAGAUGAGACGAUGAGUGAGGUUGAAAUUUGGGGCGCUUUGAGCAGGCGAGCUUGGACGUUGCAAGAAAAGAUUCUUUCUCCGCGACGAUUGGUAUACGGCAAGCAACAGAUUUAUUGGAUAUGUGUUGAGGGAUGCCAGCCCUCAGACGGCUUGCCAGAAUGCUUGCUCACCGCCGAGGACUAUGAAUACCCGUCCGUGAUGAGGCAUUUUCAUAGUCCAGGUCUGCAAGAUCCAGCUGCAUUAUCGCCCAAAGAGAUUCGGCAAAUCCAAAGCGACUACUACAGUAUAGUCUCCACCAUGUACACAGCACGAAAGUUAACGAAGCCCUUUGACAAGCUGCCGGCUUUCGCCGGUCUUGCGAAGAGGUUCCAACCUAUUUUUGGCGGCACUUACUUGGCAGGGGUUUGGUCACACGACAUACACCGAGGAAUCACGUGGUACAACUGUGAUGGGCCUUGGCCUCAUGCUCUGCCGCAGACAUAUAGGGCCCCUUCGUGGUCCUGGGCUUGUGUGGACAAGGGAAUAUCGACACUCCUCAGUUGCAACAACUCUGACAGGGUGUGCCACUGCGUCAAGUACUCUAGACUUGAAUUGCUGGAUUAUACUGUGGAAUACUGCGACAAUAGCAAUCCAUAUGGUCAAAUAAGGAGCGCGAGUCUCUCUGUUCGGGGACGCACCAGGUCACUGCGUCGUUUCCGGCCAUCACAUAGCCAGGUGGAUUAUAACGAGGACUCCGGGAUAGUCAGUGUCAUGAGCUGGUUUGAUGAUAGCAACAUCAUGCCAUCGGAGUUUCAGACAGCAGAUGUUGAUGGACAAAAAUUACUCCUCUGGCCAUUGGAUGAAGAACUCUCCGCUGAGCAGCUCGGCUGGUGCUGUUAUCCAUCUGUCCCCGAGAAAGAUUUCGUUAUUCUGGUAGUAGAAGGCUCCCACGGUUGCUUCCCAAGAAAUCACAGGGAGGGUUUAUUCGACAACGCAUCAGUGACAUCAGUCUGUCAGACCGGCGGAGAAGAACAUGAGGCUGCUGCAAUAGCAUCAGUGUCAACCGAAGAAAAUUUUGAGCAAAUGAGCCGUGUUUCGACCUAUGAAGAAGUAUCCAGCGGUAUGGACUCCCCUAGAUCGGAAUCUUCAAGCCUCAAAAGUUGGAUGGACUCGCAAAAUGGCAGCUUUUGGACAGAUGUGCAAGAGGAACUGGCAGACAGUGGCCUUGAAUUCACGGAGCAUAGCGGUGAGGACGUGGCAGGGAGUCAGACUGACGGUGGAGGAGGUCAGGAGGAGGAUGAAGUCAGGAUUGAAUGUCUGAUUCUGGAGCGGGACCUGGACCGAGAAGAUAUUGCGUACAUCAAGGUUGGGUUAGUGUCGAUAUUUGAGCCUAUAAGGUUUCUUGAAGAUUGGGAAGUAAACACUUUGACGUUAGUCUAGAACCAGAAACAAUAAUAUUCCUUGACGGCUUGCCGGGCAGCUCUUCCUGAACAAUAUGCGACGAGUUUUGGUUCGGAA